AUGCUGAUCGUAUGUAAUUACUAUAAAAAUAUUUAUCCCCAGGUAAUCGAAAUGAAGAAUCAGAGCGACGUGGAAGAAUUUGUCUUACUCGGAUUUCCCACCUUGCCUUCUCUCCAGAUGGCUCUAUUUGUGAUGUUUUCUGUAAUUUAUAUGUCUACUCUUUUCUGGAAUAUCCUCAUCAUAAUUACGACGUCAGCCAAUGUUCAGCUGCACACCCCCAUGUAUUUUUUUCUGUGCAACUUAUCUUUCUUGGAGAUUAGCUACAUAUCUGUUACUAUCCCCAAAAUGUUGCUUAAUUUUCUGCUGGAAAGCAAUUCUAUAUUAUUUGCAGGAUGUGCCGCUCAAAUGUAUUUUUUCAUUGCAUUGGGCAGUAUCGAGUGCACGCUGCUUGCCGUCAUGGCAUACGAUCGGUACGUGGCCAUAUGCAAUCCGCUGCAGUACGUCACGGUGAUGAACAUCACACGUUGCCUAAAAUUGGUUGGUAGCUCAUGGCUUAGCGGGUUCCUUAAUUCUAUGCUUCAUACUAUUUUUACGUUCCGACAUCGAUUUUGCUCGUCCAACAAAAUAAAUCAGUUUUUCUGUGACAUCCCACCUUUGUUGAAAGUGGCCUGUGGCGAUACAACCACAAACGAAAUUGUUUUGUUCCUUGUCGGAGGAAUUUACGGAUUUGGAUCUUUUCUGGCAACUUUAAUUUCUUACAUACAUAUUAUUUCCACCAUCCUAAAAAUCAAAUCCAAAGAAGGACAAAGGAAGGCGUUUUCCACCUGUACCUCUCACCUUAUCGUCGUGACGUUGUUCUUCGGGACCUCCUUCUUUACGUACUUAAAACCAACACCCAAAGGCGAGCAUGAGCAAGAGAAACUCAUCCCCGUGUUCUAUGCGGUGAUCACGCCAACAUUAAACCCCAUCAUAUACACGCUAAGGAACAAGGAAUUCAAAAGCGUGCUGAGGAAGAUGUGUAUGAAGGAGCUUGGGACUUACAAAUAUUAG